CGGCUGACGCUACGCCAAUGGGCGCUCGCGGGGGGCGGGGGCAGCCGAGGAGACACUAUUGUUGAUGAGCGGCGGCGGCGGCGGCUGCAACACCUCGUUGCUGCAGGUCCCGGCCCCGGCCCAGUCGCCCCCUACACCUCGGAGUCCGGCUUCGUCACUCAGUCGCGGGGGCUUGCCCUGCGGCCUCGAGAAUCCUACCCCUGCAGCCCAACAACAACAAAACCCCCCGUCUCGCCCAGUCACCGGGGAGGGGGGGACCAUGUCCCAGCGGGUGAGGCGCAAUGGGUCCCCCACGCCGGCCGGCUCCCUUGGGGGCGGUGCGGUCGCCACGGCCGGGGGACCCGGGAGCCGCUUGCAGCCCAUGAGGGCGACGGUUCCGUUCCAGCUGAAGCAGCAGCAGCAGCAACAUGGCAGCCCCACGCGGAGCAGCGGCGGCGGCGGCGGCGGCGGCAACAACAACGGUGGUUGCUGUGGUGGCGCCUCAGGCCCCGCAGGCGGCGGCGGCGGCAGCGGCGGCGGCCCGCGCACAGCCUCGCGCAGCACCAGCCCCACGCGCGGCGGCGGGAACGCGGCCGCGCGCACCAGCCCCACGGUGGCCACGCAGACGGGCGCGUCCGCGACGUCCACGCGAGGCACCAGCCCCACGCGCGGCGCUGCGCCCGGGGCUCGCGGGAGCCCCCCACGGCCGCCGCCGCCGCCGCCGUUGCUUGGUACCGUGUCGUCGCCCAGCUCGUCGCCCACACACCUGUGGACCAGCGAGGUGAGCGCGGCCCCACCCCCAGCCCGUGUCCGACAUCGGAGGAGGUCUCCGGAGCAGAGCCGAAGCUCGCCGGAGAAGAGGAGCCCCAGCGCCCCGGUUUGCAAAGCAGGUGAGAAAACACGACAGCCUUCUUCAAGCCCCUCCAGUAUCAUCCGACGCACUUCCUCCCUGGAUACUCUUGCUGCACCAUAUCUUGCUGGGCACUGGCCUCGGGAUAGUCACGGGCAAGCUACCCCUUGCAUGAGGGACAAAGCUACACAGACAGAGAGUGCUUGGGCUGAAGAAUAUGCUGAAAAGAAGAAAGGGUCUCACAAGCGCUCAGCAUCUUGGGGCAGUACAGAUCAACUUAAGGAGAUUGCAAAAUUACGCCAGCAGUUGCAGAGAAGUAAACACAGCAGUCGGCAUCAUCGAGAUAAAGAAAGACAAUCUCCAUUCCAUGGCAACCAUGCAGCUAUUAACCAGUGUCAGGCUCCUGUUCCAAAGAGUGCACUUAUUCCUGUAAUUCCCAUCACCAAAUCAACAGGCUCUCGGUUUCGGAAUAGCGUGGAAGGAUUGAAUCAGGAGAUUGAAAUAAUAAUUAAAGAGACUGGGGAAAAGGAAGAGCAACUUAUACCGCAAGAUAUUCCAGAUGGCCAUCGUGCCCCACCCCCCCUUGUACAGAGAAGUAGCAGCACACGCAGCAUCGACACACAGACCCCUGGUGGGGCAGAGAGGGGAAGCAACAACAGCAGCCGCUCCCAGUCCGUGUCCCCAACAUCGUUCCUCACCAUUUCCAAUGAAGGUAGCGAGGAGAGUCCUUGCUCAGCUGAUGACCUGCUUGUUGAUCCCAGAGAUAAAGAGAAUGGGAACAAUUCUCCUUUGCCCAAAUAUGCAACCUCACCAAAACCUAACAACAGUUACAUGUUUAAAAGGGAACCUCCUGAGGGCUGUGAAAGGGUCAAAGUCUUUGAGGAAUGCUCGCCAAAACAGCUUCAUGAAAUCCCAGCCUUUUAUUGUCCUGACAAAAACAAGGUGAAUUUCAUUCCUAAAAGUGGAUCUGCUUUCUGCCUCGUCAGCAUCCUCAAGCCACUCCUUCCCACUCCUGAUCUUACACUCAAGGGCUCUGGCCACAGCCUGACAGUCACCACUGGCAUGACCACCACUCUGCUGCAGCCUAUUGCUAUGGCCUCCCUGUCUACAAACACAGAGCAAGACCGAGUCUCUCGAGGAACAAGUACAGUCAUGUCAUCAGCUUCUCUACUCCCACCACCAGAACCAAUUGAGGAAGCUGAAGGAUAGGUCACAGUGCUACAUGGCUCUUGUUCUGGGAAAUUGGGAACCGCCUCAGAUCACUGGAUUCUGAUGGCAUCAUGCGCUUCUUGUCAGCUGUGAUGUGCUCCAGCUUUCCAGUGACAUGUGAUGGUGAGGCUUCUGGAAGAAAGGAAUCCCCCGUGACGGCUCUGCCCCACUCGUGAACACCAACCCUCAGUGCUUAGCCUGCUUUUUAUCAAAGCACUGAUUGAAACAAGAAAGGUCUCAUUCUUUAUCUUUGGAGAGACAAUAUCACAUUGUUUUCGAAUUAGACUUCUUUAAAACACACACACACACACACACACACACACACACAACUUUGGAGAGACAAUACACACACACGAUCCUUGCAAGAGAACACACACACACACACACACACCCUUGCAAACAUGAUUCCUAAAGGGAGAUGUGACUGAUGCUGCAAGAACCAUCUUUUCUAUGAAAAUGACUAUUUUAUAAUAUACCAAUGUUACAUUUUCUGAAACGUAGCAAAACAGGAUGUUCAAAAGAUUCUUUGGUGGCCUCUGUUUCUUGUUGCUUUCUAGAUGUGUGCUAUUCUCAGCUGUUUUCAGCUUUGGGACCAAAGGGAUUGUUGACGUUUUCCCAGUAAUCUUAAUCUCAUGACUAUGAGAUUAAGGAUUAAUCUCCCAAACAAGGAUUGAUAGGUAAAUGCAUUGAACAAGUAUAUAUAAAAA